GCGUCCGAGGCGGCUGGACGUGGGAGCUGCUUUCUCCUUUGCAACCAUGAAGCGGCCUAAAUUAAAAAAAGCAAGUAAGCGCAUGACAUGUCAUAAGCGGUUUAAAAUCCAGAAAAAGGUCCGGGAGCAUUACCGGAAAGUGAGGAAGGAAGCCAAGAAACGUGGUCAUAAAAAGGCAAAGAAAGAUCCUGGUGUGCCUAAUAGUGCCCCCUUCAAAGAGGCCCUUCUUCGAGAAGCUGAGCAAAGAAAGCAGCAGCUUGAAGAACUAAAGCAGAAGCAGAAGCUUAAUAAACAAAAGGAACAAGGACAGAAACGAAAGCGAGAUGAAAGUGAUGUUGCUUCAUCAAAGACAGAACCAGCAAAAACAGAAUUUGUGAGAAGAAAGACAAAACUAUCUUGCAAGACAAUCAAGCAAGGUUCCAAGAAAUCAUUUUGUAGAGAACUCCAAAAGGUGAUUGAGACAUCGGAUGUUUUGCUAGAAGUUUUGGAUGCCAGAGAUCCCUUAGGAUGUAGAUGUCCCCAAGUGGAACAAGUCAUUACUCAGACUGGAGGAAACAAAAAACUACUGCUUGUCUUAAAUAAAACAGAUCUAGUGCCAAAAGAAAAUUUGGAGAAAUGGGUCCAUUGUUUGAAGAAAGAAUUCCCAACAGUUGUUUUUAGAGCCUCAACAUUUGGAAAAGAAAAAAUAAAGAUGCCAGGGAAGAAGAAGCUGGACGUCAGCAGGCAAGGCAUAUGCUUGGGUGGAAAGAGCCUUUUGACACUCCUUAGUGGCUUUUGUGAGACUAAAAACAAAGCCAUUCGAGUUGGUGUGAUUGGUUUCCCAAAUGUGGGCAAAAGUAGCAUAAUCAAUAGUUUAAAACAAGCAUAUGUGUGUCAUACUGGACCAGCCAUGGGUCUUACAAGAUACAUGCAAAUUGUCCAUAUCGACAAGAAAAUCACAAUAUUGAAUAGUCCAAGCAUUAUUGCAUCUCCUUCUAACUCUGCACUAGCUCUUGCUUUGAGAAGUCCCACAAAUAUUGAAGAAAGAGAAACAUUAGAUUCAGUAACUACAAUCCUGGAAUACUGUAAUAAACAGCAGCUAAUGUUACGAUACAACAUCCCAAGCUAUAGAGAUUCUCAGGAAUUCUUAACCCUGCUAGCACAGAAGAAAGGGAUGGUGCGGAAAGGUGGUAUACCAAAAGUAGAGGAAGCUGCCAAGCUGUUUUGGUCUCACUGGACAGGCCCUAAGAUGAGUUACUACUGUCAGGCUCCUUCAUCACUGACUCUUUCUUCACAUCUUACUGAGAGUAUUGUAGCAGAUAUGCAGCAAGGUUUUAAUCUAGAGGAACUGGAAAAAAACAAUGUGGGUGCCAUUAGAGCCAUCAGGGGUCCCAGAUUGUCAAGUAGCAUCCUUUUCCAAAGCUCUGGUCUGACCAAUGGCAUAAUAGAGGAAAAAGAUGUGCCUGAGGAAUUACCAGGACAAGAGAGUGAAGGAGAAGAAGAAGAAGAAGAAGAAGAGGAAGAAGAAGAUGAGGACAGUGGUGAUGAAAAUGAUCUUGAGGAAAGAAGCAGAUUAGGAAACAAAAGAAUUAAAGUAGAGAAAAUAACAUUGAAAGAGUUCCAACCAGGUGAAGACUUUGAUACUAGAGAAGAAAAGUCUUUCCUUAAAGAUAAAAUAAUUGAGGAAGAUGACGACACUUACAGUUUUAAUACAGAUUAUGUAUAAUGAAAGAUAUUCCUGAAUCACUGUUGAUUUACUUCUGGAGUUACCUUGACGUAAGAUACUGUGUAUAUAUACUACAUCAAAAAUGAUUAUGGUAUGAGAAACAUGUAUAGUUAUUUGUAAAUAUGUAAAAAUAUGGAACAAUAAGUAGGAGAUAAGUUUUUGUUUUUGUAAAAGUGAACUGAAAUUGAUGAAAGGUAGUUGUAAUAAAUACUUUGUCACCACAGA